CCGACUGAUCAAACUUUCGACGAGUGUUGCACUUCGUUCACCCAACCUUCACCUGGUGCUAACUUACUCGAGUACUUCGCUCAGACCGGCCUUGCCAUCAUGCCCGCCCCGGAGGAGGCCUCGACGUCCUCAGUACCCACUCCUACCUUCAAGUCUUUGGGUCUGAUAGAUCCUCUUCUUGAAGCCCUUGAACAACUCAACUUCAAGACCCCUACGGACAUCCAAACUGAAGCUCUACCGCAUGCAUUGCAGGGCAGAGAUAUCAUCGGCGUGGCCUCCACGGGCUCUGGAAAGACUGCCGCUUUUGCUCUUCCUAUUCUGCAGAAGCUAUGGGAGGAACCGAGGGGUCUAUUCGCAUGUGUCCUCGCACCGACCCGAGAGCUUGCGUACCAAAUAUCGCAGCAGUUCGAGGGUCUGGGCGCCGCCAUGGGGGUCAGAUGCGCAACAAUUGUUGGAGGCAUGGACAUGAUGUCUCAAGCAGUCGCACUCGCAAAGCGACCCCAUAUAGUGGUCGCUACUCCAGGACGUCUGAACGAUCACCUAGAGAACACGAAGGGCUUCAGUUUGCGAGGGUUGAAGUUCUUGGUAAUGGACGAGGCCGACCGACUACUUGACAUGGACUUUGGCCCUAUCAUCGAUACAAUUCUGAAGGCUAUCCCAAGAGAGCGCACGACCUACCUAUUCUCGGCGACAAUGACAACGAAGGUCCAGAAACUACAACGUGCCAGUCUGUCUAACCCUGUUCGCGUUGAAGUAUCUGAAAAGUACUCUACUGUAUCGACAUUACUGCAAUACUAUCUCUUCAUGCCAUUACCUCAGAAGGACGUACACCUCAUUUACCUAGCGAACUCCCUCACUCAAAAUUCCAUCAUCAUCUUUACUCGUACUGUACAUGAUGCCCAACGGGUGUCGAUCAUGCUACGGACGCUCGGCUUCCCGGCCGUACCGCUGCACGGUCAACUCAGCCAAAGCUCGCGUCUGGGGGCUCUGGCCAAGUUCAAGAGUGGCGGGCGCAAGGUUCUGGUCGCGACUGAUGUUGCGAGCCGUGGUUUGGACAUCCCUCACGUUGACGUAGUCAUAAACUACGACGUGCCUACACAUUCCAAGGACUAUAUCCAUCGCGUCGGUCGUACAGCUCGAGCAGGCCGCUCUGGGAAAUCGAUCACGCUGGUCACGCAGUACGACGUCGAGCUCAUCCAACGUAUCGAAGGGACAUUAGGAGGCAAGCAGAUGGAACUCUGGCCAAUAGACGCGGAGGAGAUUGCCCUGCUGCGCGAGCGCGUGGAUGAGGCGGGCAGGGUAGCGAUCAAUGAAAUGAAGGACCAGGGGAUGAGGGGCGGCCACGGGAAUAAGCGACGGAGGGAUGGUGGUGGCCGGGACGACAGAGACAGAGAUGAUGAUGUCGUGGAGGCGGGCAUGCCGACGAAAAAGAGGAGCAAGGGUCGAAGGUGACCACAUGCAUGUACUUCAUCUUCAAGAUGGCGCAUGCAGCUUCCGGGCACAGUUCAGUCCAUGAACAUCAGGUCGGAACGUAAUAAGUACUUGGUGCCGGAGAUGACUGGCGAGCCUUCGUGCAGUAGGCAUUCGUGUCCAUGUCUAAGUAGAGAUCAUAUGGUGAGUGUAAGUCACAACGA